AAUCGCAAACUCAUCUUUUCCCAGCAUUAGUCGUUUCGAUCAGCUCAUCCCAAUCAGACAGAUUGGCUCACCCCCCAAAGAACGUUCUUAUCGAACCUCGCGAUUUUACGGAACGCUAAAAUAUACUUGAUCUCAUUAUCCUGAUUUGGGCUGGUAGUGAAUAGGAAGAUCCUAUUUGCGAAUAUUUAUUGUUGAUCAUGAUAAGCAAAACGAUCCUGUGGUGUGCUUUGGUGGGGAGUGUGUUAUCGGCCCGCCUGGAUAACCUAUAUGGAGCCCCAGCCCCACCUGGUGCUAGCCGCGGCAGUGGAGGCGAUGGUAACUUCCUGAAUGCCCCUCGACAGGACGGCCAGUUCGGCGGGGCACCCUCGAAUCAGUAUCUGCCUCCCACUGGCCAGGCUAGCAACCAGGGUGGAUAUGCUUCGGUGGCUCCUCUGGGUCAGGGUCAGGGACAGGGUCAGUUCGGUGGUGGGUUCAAUGCCCAGCAGCCACAGCAGCCUCAGCAGCGGCAGCCCCAAUCUCAACCUCAGUCGUACGGUGGUCAACCCGGAGGUGGAUUCCAGGGAGGUUUCCAGCAAUCACGCACCACCCCGAUCCCGAUUCUGCGAUAUGAAAACGUGAACAACGGCGAUGGAAGCUAUCGGUUCGACUACGCCACCGGUAACGGAAUCCAGCACAAGGAAGAGGGCUACAACCGCAAGAUUGGACCUGAACUGGGAGAACAGAUCGUUUCCGGAGGAUAUUCCUAUACCGGUCCGGAUGGUAAACUGUACAGUGUCCAGUAUAAGGCCGAUGCUGGUGGUUUCCAACCGGUGGGGGAUCAUCUGCCCACGCCACCACCACUGCCACAGGAGUUGCAAGAAGCCUACAACCUGCAUGCCAAACUUUACGCCGAAGCUGCCGCCCGACCAAAGAACCCAGCAUUCCAAGGUCCGCAAACCUACAACCAGCAGCAACCAAGCCAACAGUAUGGCGCACCACAGACUCAAUACCAGGCGCCUAGCCCGCAAUACGGAGCCCCUCAGCAACAGCAACCCCAGUAUCAAGCACCUCAACAGCAGCCUCAGUAUCAGGCUCCUCAGCAACAGCCACAGCAGUUCCAAAGCACUGCCACCUCAGUUCAAGGCUAUCAGUCGGCUCCAUCGAACCAGUACUUGCCACCCACCAGCCGGCAGCAGAGCUUUAACCCACAAUCUGGAUACCGGUAUUGAGAUCCCCCCAAACAAACCUCUUCAAAAGUACAACUCACCAACCAGCCUGCCCCACCAUGACCCACCUCGAAACGCCAUAAACCAAACUGCAAACUAUCAACUCAGUAAUAAAAAACCCUAUCGAGGUGACCAGACCGCCGAUAUCUGGAACACGCCACACAACACCGCACCGCGGACAAUACAACAAUGGAACAACAAUUUGCAACGGCGGCGAUGAUGCGUCGUCGGUAUCGAUGGGCGAUAAAUUAGCAACCGCGCGAGAUGAUCCAAAGUGAAAAUCUGGCGCGCUCCAAGCGACCAUGUCAAAACGCAUCAUUGAUCAAGUAGCCGAAACGCACCAAACAAUAGGACAAAGGUAUAAGUGUAGGCCCAUCAUAACCAACCAAACUGCUGCUGCCUCGUUUUUUCAUAGAGGAGGUGGCUUCUUCUUAUUCUUCAUCUUCGUGCAAUGAUAUGAUCGUAGUACAAGUGUAGCAGUAAUUUCUUACCGGCAGUGAAUCAUAAUUUAUAGACGUACACACCAAGCAAAGUGAUGAAAGCAAUAAAAUGCGAAACCCGUUAAA